UUUACUUCAGUUUCGACUUUCGAAUGAACUAUGAAGUGAUCAGACAAACCAAUCUCUGCUGAAAAUCGGGUGUCACAAACAUCGGAAUCUUAAAAUUUCGGUUCUGUUCCGGUCACUGCAGCUGAAAUGUGCUCGGUUAAACAACACACUGAUUCGGCUCCGAUACACAGGAAUAUCGUCCGAAAACGAACGAGUGGACAAUUCCGACAUUUUCAACUAAUCUGAAUCACUGAAAUCACAAGGUAGUCAGUGACGAGAAUGGUAGAAGAAGACGAGGAAGAACAGUUUGAGCAAACCAAGCCUUAGCCCUAAUUAUCUGUUCAUAUUCUGUAUUUAUUUAUUCACCAGAGAUGGAAACUGUAGGCGUUCUGAUGACUAAACCCUUCUCGGCAUACCUGGAAGAAGAGCUCGACAAGAGAUUCAAGCUAUUCAGGUUCUGGGAAUCGUCAAACAGGAAGGAGUUUCUGAAAGAGAAUUCGCAUUUGAUUAGAGCAGUCGUGGGGAACGCCACGGCUGGCUGCGAUGCUGAGAUGAUUGGUUUGUUGCCCAAGCUGGAGAUAGUAUCUAAUUUCAGCGUUGGGUUGGAUAAGGUUGAUUUGGUGAAGUGCAAGGAGAGAGGUAUUAGGGUUACUAACACCCCCGAUGUUCUCACCGACGAUGUUGCUGAUUUAGCAUUGGCUUUGAUUUUGGCGGUGCUCAGGAGGAUCUGUGCUUGUGAUCGUUACGUCACGAGUGGGUCCUGGAUCAAUGGGAACUUUAAGCUGACUACCAAGUUCAGUGGCAAAUCGGUAGGCAUUCUAGGACUGGGUAGGAUUGGUUCAGCAAUUGCAAAAAGAGCUAACGCAUUUGGGUGCCCGAUCAGUUAUUACUCCAGAUCGGAGAAAUCAAAUACAGAUUACAAAUACUAUCCAAGUGCAGUGGAAUUGGCAGCUAACUGCGAGAUACUGGUAAUUGCUUGUGCUCUGACAGAAGAAACACACCACAUUGUGAACCGUGAAGUGAUAGAUGCAUUAGGUCCACAAGGUAUCAUCAUAAACAUCGGGCGUGGUUCACACAUUGAUGAGCCAGAGCUCGUUUCUGCGCUGGUUGAAGGGCGGUUGGCAGGGGCUGGGCUGGAUGUAUUUGAGAAUGAGCCGCAGGUACCGGAACAACUGUUUGGACUUGACAAUGUAGUGCUACUUUCCCAUGUGGGUAGUGAUACAGUGGAAACGUGCAAGGAGAUGGCAGACCUUGUGAUUGCUAACCUGGAGGCUCACUUUCUAAAUAAGCCUCUGUUGACACCUGCGGUUUGAGAGGGGCUUGGAUGCUGGACUGGUAUUUCAUUUGGACAUCUCUGAAUUCUACUCAGAAAGUUGAUAAACUUGAUUUCUUUGAGUUUUAGAACAGUCAACAGUGUUGCGCAGAAUGGGAUUUUGCAGGUUGGUGAGCCAUGUUAACAAGCAGGGGAAUUUCGUUAUCCCCAGUCCCAAGGUCCAGUUACUAAUUUUGUGAUUCCAACUUCAUGAGAAUGAAUUUAUGAAUGUUUUUGGAGCCAAUUCCCUUAUUUUUACCUUAAAAUUCAGAGAAAAGGAUGGAUUGAUAUACAGGAUAUACAAAGCUUGCUUCUCAAAGCUCUGAGUCGAAUUUUGAGUAGCAAGUUCUUUAGUGGAGCCGAGCUCGAGUAGUGCAAUGUAUCGACUGGACUCAGCUCGAUUACACCCCUAGUCCAAACAGCCCCUUUCAGAAAAUAAUAAGUAUCUUUGUUUUGAUUGUAAGACCAUUGCAACAUGGAACCAAACAUUAUUAUUCAUCUAAAUAGCAAAUUAUUUUACAAGCUA